GCGGCAGCAGCAGAAGAAGCGGCACUUGGCUGCUGUGCGGGUCGGUGCUCUGAUGGUGAAGUGAGCUCGGAGCGCUGGAGGGACGGAGCGCCGCUCUCAGGCCGACACCAGCCACCAACCAGGCACCGUUCAGUCCGAGUUUGUGACUCAUUGAGGUGUUGGAGCUUAGCUGGGCAUGUGGAGAGCGCUAGCGCCGCGCAGCAACGUCGACAAGUAGCCGGAGCCGGAGCGCCUUACAGCGGCGGCUCCUGCCAUGAGAGAGACCGAGUGCGGAGCGCUGGAGCGGGGCAACGACACCCACACACUGUGGCCGCCGCUGCUGCUGCUGCCGCUGCUACGGCUUUGAGUUGACCGGCACACGGUUCUUAAAACUCCGGACUCUAGAGACAAAAAGAGGGGGUGGAUUAAGCAGAAAAGCUCGGGGGGAUGGCCGGGAGAAGCCGCAGAGCCUGGUUCAGCGUUCUCCUGGGGCUGGUGGUCGGCUUCACUCUGGCUUCCAGGCUCAUUCUUCCGCGGGCCAACGAGCUAAAGAAAGCGGGACACAAGCGCAAGGCGAGCGGAGUCGGCGGUGGCGGAGUGGCGGGGGGCUGCGGCGGCGGUGGGGGAGGAGGAGGAGGCGCCGGGCUCAGGAGGGAGCACGGGGGGCUGCUGAUGUGGCCACCUCCGCCGCCGGAGCGCGGAGCUCAGCCGACGGAUAGAUCCGCUCAGAAAGCUGGACAUUUCCUCUUCGUCGGCGUUAUGACGGCGCAGAAGUAUCUGAAUAACCGCGCCGUGGCGGCUUAUAGGACCUGGGCUCAAACCAUUCCAGGCAAAGUGGAGUUCUUCUCCAGCGAAGGCUCCGACACGUCCAUUCCUAUUCCCAUCGUGGCCCUGAAGAACGUGGACGAUUCCUACCCUCCUCAGAAGAAGUCCUUCAUGAUGCUCAAGUACAUGCACGAUCACUACCUGGACCAGUACGAGUGGUUCAUGCGCGCCGACGACGACGUUUACAUCAAGAGCGACCGGCUGGAGAGCUUCCUGAGGAGCCUGAACAGCAGCGAGGCCAUUUUUCUGGGACAGACGGGGAUGGGGGCCCGGGACGAGCUGGGCAAGCUGGCGCUGGAGCCUGGCGAGAACUUCUGCAUGGGGGGACCGGGCGUGAUCAUGAGCCGCGAGGUGCUGCGCAGGGUGGUGCCCCAUAUCCGCCAGUGCCUGCAGGAGAUGUACACCACGCACGAGGAUGUGGAGGUGGGCCGCUGUGUGCGGCGGUUCGCGGGGGUCCAGUGCGUCUGGUCUUAUGAGAUGCAGCAGCUGUUUUACGAGAACUACGAGCCGAACAAGAAGGGCUACAUCCGAGACCUUCACAACAGCAAGAUCCACCGGGCCAUCACGCUCCAUCCCAACAAGAACCCGCCCUACCAGUACAGACUGCACAGCUACAUGCUGAGCCGCAAAAUCGCUGAGCUCCGGCACCGCACCAUUCAGCUUCACCGGGAGAUCGUGCAGAUGAGUCGCUACGGCAACACGGAGGUGCACAAAGAGGACUUGCAGCUUGGAAUGCCUCCUUCCUUUAUGCGGUUCCAUCCUCACCAGCGGGAGGAGGUGCUGGAGUGGGAGUUCCUCACGGGGAAGUACAUUUUCUCCGCCCUGGACGGGCAGCCUCCGCGCCGUGGCAUCGACUCCUCGCAGAAGAUGGCGCUGGACGACAUCAUCAUGCAGGUAAUGGAGAUGAUUAACGCCAACGCCAAGACCCGAGGCAGGGUUAUUGAUUUCAAAGAGAUUCAAUAUGGCUACCGCAGGGUCAACCCUAUGUAUGGAGCAGAAUAUGUGCUCGACCUGCUGCUGCUUUACAAGAAGCACAAAGGGAAGACCAUGACUGUACCGGUGAGAAGGCAUGCCUACCUUCAACAGACCUUCAGCAAGAUCCAGUUCCUGGAGGAAGAAGAAAUGGACGCACGGGCGCUGGCAGCUAGGAUCAACCAGGACUCGGACUCCCUGUCUUUCCUCUCCAGCUCCCUUAAGAUGUUUGUGCCGUUCAAGCUCAGCAGCUCCGGCUCAGAGCAGCACGAACCCAAAGAGAAGAAGAUCAACAUCCUUGUGCCGUUGGCGGGGCGGUACGAGAUCUUCGUGCGCUUCAUGGUCAACUUUGAGAAGAUCUGCCUUAUCCCCAGCCAGAACGUUAAGCUGCUGGUUCUUCUCUUCAGCACGGACAACAACACGGAGCGCGUGAAGCAGAUCGAGCUGAUGAGGGAGUAUCGUUUGAAGUAUCCCAAAGCUGACAUGGAGAUCAAGCCCGUUUCCGGCCCCUUCUCCCGUGCCCUGGCCCUGGAGGUCGGCUCGGCUCACUUCACCAAUGAUUCCUUACUCUUCUACUGUGACGUGGACCUAUUGUUUACAGCUGAUUUCCUCAAGCGAUGUCGCGGAAACACCAUACUGGGGGAACAGACGUACUUCCCAAUCAUCUUUAGCCAGUACGACCCGAAGGUUGUCUACGCCGGAAAGGUACCGAGCAACAACCACUACGUGUUCACGUCCAAAACGGGCUUGUGGAGACACUACGGCUUCGGCAUCGUCUGCGUCUACAAAGGGGACCUGGUCAAAGCUGGCGGCUUUGACGUCUCCAUCCAGGGUUGGGGGCUGGAAGACGUGGAUCUUUUUAACAAAUUUGUCCAGUCAGGGAUGGAGCUGUUCAGGAGCACAGACACUGGCAUAGUGCACGUUCACCACCCCGUCAUAUGUGACCCCAACCUAGAUCCCAAACAGUACAAGAUGUGCCUGGGUUCCAAAGCCUCGUCCCACGGUUCCACGCAGCAGCUCGCCGAGCUGUGGCUGGAGAAAUACGACCAGGGCUUUCGGAGGAUCUCUAGCUCUAAUAACGGAUCAAUGAGGACAGCAUAGGCUCGAGCGUAGAACCUGCGAGCUUGGACCUGCAUUGGACCUGUCUUCCUCUUUAUGGUGUUUUCAACUACCUAAUUUAUUUUUUCAUAGAAAAGAACUCUGUGGAUAUAUUUUCGAAGAACUCCUUUUAUAAAGUAUGAGAAUAAAAACACCAGAGAACGAACAUCUUCAGAACGUUUUUCUACCAAUGCUAAGAGAAUGGAUUAAAAAGGCAUCCAAAGUGCUGGAACACCGAUUUUUUUCCCCCCUCAAAUCCAGUAAUAAAAAUGACGAUGAUGAGUGUUGUGUUUAUGGCGCCUCGUGUGAGGACUCUCUAAGUACUUUAAGUAAGUACAGUAUAUACUGUGUACCUCAGUGAUGUGCACACCAGUCACAGUGUGUUUGUGGAGGAGGAGGGACUUUAUACUCUAUGAGGGUCAGGUCUCAGAUGUGCAAAUGUGGUGUUGGUGGGGAAAUGGUUAAUGUAUUUUUACUUGUGAAUGUUUACAGGAAGCCACAUGUACAAGCGAUACGUCUUUCGACAAACCGAGAAACCGACAAACCAACAAACCUAAUUAAUUUUGCAGUUUUAUGGGCCAUAGAUCACAUCUUCAUUUCUGAUUUAUUGAUUUAUUUCUUUUUUUUGAUCUGUUAUGACACUGUUGCGUUGUUGUUGUUGUUUGUUUGUUUAUUUGAUAUAUUUUUUAUUUUAUUUUAAUUUGUUGUGUUUUUUUUUUCUUUUAAUGAUUUUGACAUGUGAACAGAACUGCUGGAUCUUGGUUUUGAUCUUUCCAACUCAUUCCCACUGUUUAAUUUAUUGAAUGCAGUCUCAUAUGUACAAUAUCAGGCUGAGGUUAUGUAUAUUAGAGAUUAUACAACAAUCUCAGUCAGAGAUUUCUUUUUUUUGUUCUGUUUUUUGUUUUUGGUUCGUUUUUCUCUUUCGCAAAUUAAUUUGGUUACCAAAGACUUUUUGCACAGUUGCUGUAGGUAUUGUUUGUGUGUGAAUGUGUGCGUGCCUGUGUGUGCGUGUACGUAUGUGUGUGUUUGUG